AAAUAAGUAAUUUUUGUUGUCGUGGAGUUAGCAUUUCCAAAAAUUAUCCUAGUUGUUGCAUUUAAAGUAUCGGGUUUAAACACAAUUAAAUACGAAAAUGUUAAAACUCUUGCCGUCGGAUACGAGCAAAUAUCAUAAUUUCAAAUGCGGUGAAAUAUUUUGUCUUAGCUCUAAUAACUACAAUGUAGCGUGCUGUUUAUGCGGGUCAAACGUAGAGUUCGAAGAAUUCCCACAACAUUUUCAACUGCAGCACUUGACACCUAAAGCCGAAAAGGUUGAGAAACCUACUUUGGUUACUAAUGAAACGAUUAAAAUUGACGUAGAUCCAAUUAAAAGUGAGGACGAAUAUGUAAGUGAUCAAGGCGAAGGUUCGAUAAGCUUUGAGGCACCAGAUUCCGACAUAGAACCGCUGGCCGAUGAAAAACCAUUUGACUUCGUUGAUUUACAAGCUUUAGAAGUAAAUAUUGAGGAACCAUUAGAAAAAAAGCGUAAAAGCAAAAUAGAUGUGGAUAAUGAUGAACUCAGCGAUACAAAGUCGAUGGGCGAUAAAAGCGAUGCAAAUGACGAAGAUUGGCGUCCACAAGAUUCGUCCGACGAUGAGCCGAAACCAAAGCCGCAAGAUGACAUCGAUUCUCUUCCAUACCCAUGUCCGGACUGCAUGCGUUCCUAUAAAACGAAACGCAGCAUGUUAACACAUCAUCGGCAAACGCAUAAUCCAAAAACGAAAAAACCAAAAGAACCCAAAAUGAGCCAUAAAUGCGACGAGUGUGGCGAAUGUUUCAAAGCUGAAAGAAAUUUACGAGCACACAAAUGGAAGCACACUGGCAUUAUAUGCGAUAUUUGUGGUAAGAAGUUCUCUCAAACUGGCAACCUGCAACGACAUAAGAUACGUCAUACCGGCAUCAAGGCACACAAGUGCCAGGAAUGCGGCAAUGACUUCUUCACCGAUAAAGAGCUAAAGGCACACAUGUUGCGUCAUACUGGUGAAAGACCUGUAGUUUGUGAGAUUUGCGGUAAACGUUGUCGUGAUCACGGUGUUUACAAAGCACAUAUGCGACGACACACCGGCGAGCGACCGGCAAAAUGUAAUGUUUGCGGUAAAGCUUUUUAUAGUUUCCACGAUUUAAAUGUACACGCGGUAACACAUAGCACGGAACGGCCAUUUGCAUGUGACAUGUGUGGAUCCACAUUUCAGCGUAAAAAGUCUCUACGCGUUCACAAAAAACUACACUCAAAGGAUCGAAAGCAUGAGUGUAAAGUUUGUGGCAAAACAUUUGCUCAAUCUGGUGGUCUGAAUGCACAUAUGCGAACUCACGAUGCGGCAUUAAGUCGGAGCAUUGUAGGAAGUGGGAGUGUCAGUAACAAUACGAACACGGGCGUUGUUGUAAUACCUGGGCCUUUAGUUACAGAAGAAAUCACUGCUGGUACUAACACAAAUAUGAGCCUUGUAAAUAAUGUUGGAGUUGGUGUGGCUCUUGCAAAUAAUGUUAAUACCGUUAACUCAAUUGGCGAUGCAUUGAUGGAUGUAACUGGUGUUUUGAGUGCGACCGCCUCAACAAUGGACUCGGUCGCUAAUUAGUUUUAUAAUUAAUUCAAUAGUUAUAUCACUUUAUGUAUAUAUACGCAUAUGUAUGUCUACGUAUGUGUUUGCGUAUUUUUUGGAAUAGUUUUAAAAUUCAAAUUUUUAUGCUAGUAUAAGUCUAUCCUUACUAAAUAAGUGCGCAUGUAGCAAAUGCAAGAAUAAAAUAAAUUAAGUACUCCGACAAACUUAUAUAUAAAUACUCAAGUGCGUACGUAAA